AUGUCCUCGAAAGUGAUAAGCUCGUUAAUGGCCGAGAGCAUACUGCUCUCGAAAGUGGGCCAAGUGAUAGCCGGCUACUCCCCGAUCACGGUCUUCCUGCUGGGAUCCAUUCUGAUCUUCCUCGUCGUCUACAACAAGCGCCGCUCCCGACUGGUGAAGUACAUCGAGAAGAUCCCGGGACCUGCGGCCAUGCCCUUCCUGGGCAACGCCAUCGAAAUGAAUGUGGAUCACGACGAGCUCUUCAAUCGCGUCAUCGGCAUGCAGAAAUUGUGGGGCACGCGGAUUGGAAUCAAUCGCGUUUGGCAGGGAACAGCGCCCAGGGUGCUCCUCUUCGAGCCCGAGACCGUGGAGCCCAUACUGAACAGCCAGAAGUUUGUGAACAAGAGCCACGACUACGACUACCUGCAUCCCUGGCUGGGCGAAGGUCUGCUCACCAGCACAGAUCGCAAGUGGCACUCCCGCAGGAAGAUCCUGACACCUGCCUUCCACUUCAAAAUCCUGGACGACUUCAUUGACGUCUUCAACGAGCAGAGCGCAGUCUUGGCCAGAAAACUGGCGGUGGAGGUGGGCAGCGAGGCGUUCAACCUGUUCCCCUACGUCACGCUCUGCACCUUGGACAUUGUUUGUGAAACCGCCAUGGGUCGCAGAAUCUACGCGCAGAGCAACAGUGAAUCGGAGUACGUGAAGGCGGUCUACGGCAUUGGAUCGAUAGUGCAGAGUCGCCAGGCGAAGAUUUGGCUGCAGAGCGACUUCAUCUUCAGCCUGACCGCGGACUACAAGCUCCACCAGAGCUACAUAAGCACGCUGCAUGGCUUCUCCAACAUGGUCAUCCGCGAGCGGAAGGCUGAGUUGGCCAUUCUCCAGGAGAACAACAACAACAAUAACAACAACGCACCCGAUGCCUACGACGACCUGGGCAAGAAGAAGCGCCUGGCCUUCCUGGACCUCCUCAUCGAUGCCUCCAAGGAGGGCACUGUGCUUUCCAAUGAGGACAUCCGCGAGGAGGUGGACACCUUCAUGUUCGAGGGCCACGACACCACCUCCGCGGCCAUCUCCUGGACCCUCUUCCUGCUGGGCUGCCAUCCGGAGUACCAGGAGCGCGUGGUGGAGGAGCUGGACGCGAUCUUCGGCGACGACAAGGAGACGCCGGCCACCAUGAAGAAUCUGCUGGACAUGCGGUACCUGGAGUGCUGCAUCAAGGACUCGCUGCGCCUCUUUCCCAGUGUGCCCAUGAUGGCUCGGAUGGUGGGCGAGGAUGUGAAUAUUGGUGGCAAGAUCGUGCCCGCUGGAACGCAGGCCAUCAUCAUGACCUACGCCCUGCACCGCAAUCCGCGCGUCUUCCCCAAGCCGGAGCAGUUCAAUCCGGACAACUUCCUGCCGGAAAACUGCGCCGGUCGCCACCCCUUCGCCUACAUACCCUUCAGCGCCGGACCGCGCAACUGCAUUGGCCAGAAGUUCGCCAUUCUGGAGGAGAAGGCCGUGAUUUCCACCGUCUUACGGAAGUACAAAAUCGAGGCUGUCGAUCGCCGGGAGGAUCUCACGCUGCUGGGCGAGCUCAUUCUGCGGCCAAAGGAUGGCCUGCGGGUUAAGAUUACUCCCAGGGAUUAA